AUGGAGAGUCAGAGAGUCCAGUCCUCGUACAGGAAGCGUUAUGGGCCUCAGGGCUCGAGCUCCACAGCCCCAAGAAUCGGGAGCCUUUCCUCCAACCGCUUCUCCUGGCAUGGCUCCCCUCGCAUCCUCACCCACUCCAGCCCCAUAUCCAGGAUCUCCCUGGGCUCCACCAACCCGGCCCUUUUCCUGGGGAGCCCCGCCGACCGGCUGGACUUCCCCGCCGAGUCCCUGAUGAAGGCCCAAUUCAAGGAGACUCGCACCAACGAGAAGCUGGAGAUGAUGGGCCUGAACGACCGGUUUGCCAGCUUCAUCGACAAGGUGCGCCUGCUGGAGCAGCAGAACAAGGUUCUGGGGGUGGAGCUGAACCAGGUGAAGGGGAGGGAGCCCAGCCACCUGGGAGACAUCUACCAGGAGGAGCUGAGAGAGCUGCGACGGCAGGUGGACGGUCUCACUAACGGCAAAGCUCGGCUGGAGAUAGAGAGGGACAACCUGGCCGCAGACGUGGGAACACUGAAGCAGAGGCUGCAGGACGAGAUCGGCCUCCGACAGGAUGCAGAGAACAACUUGAACGCCUUCAGACAGGAUGUGGACGAGGCUUCUUUAAAUCGAGUCCAGUUAGAGAGGAAGAUCGAUGCCCUGCAGGAUGAGAUCAACUUCCUGAAGAAGAUCCAUGACGAGGAGAUUCGUGAUAUACAGGAGCAGAUCAUGUGCCAGCAGGUGCACGUUGACCUGGAUGUGUCCAAACCCGACCUGACUGCUGCCCUCAGAGACAUCAGGGUCCAGUAUGAAACCAUGGCCUCCUCAAACAUGCAGGAGACGGAGGAGUGGUACCGAUCCAAGUUUGCCGACCUGACAGAUGCAGCCAAUAGAAACGCAGAAGCCCUGCGCCAAGCCAAGCAAGAGGCCAACGAAUACCGGCGCCAGGUCCAAGUGGUGACCUGUGACAUGGAGGCUCUCCGUGGAGCAAACGAUUCUCUGGAACGCCAGCACCGGGAGAUGGAGGACCGCUUCGCCAUGGAGACCGCCGGUUAUCAGGAUACAGUGAACCGUCUGGAGGAGGAGAUCCAUGCCCUGAAGGAUGACAUGGCGAGGCACCUGCAGGAGUACCAGGACCUCCUCAACGUCAAGCUGGCCCUGGACAUCGAGAUCGCCACCUACAGGAAGCUGCUGGAGGGAGAGGAGACCAGGAUCGCUUUUCCAGUUCAGAGCUUUUCCAACGUGCAGUUUCGAGAAACUAAUCUGGACACCAAAACCCAUGAGGCCCCUGUGAAGAGGAGCAUCCUGGUUCGAACUGUGGAGACCAGAGACGGGGAGAUCAUCAAGGAUUCGACCUCUGAACACAAAGAUCUGCCUUAA